AUGCUACGACGACGCAAACGCAAGCAAGCACCUGUCGAAAACGACGAUGGUGAAUGGAGCACUUCUGUCGAUCUUAUCGAUGAUACCAUGGCAUCUAUACAGCUGUGUCUAAAUCGAAACAAUGACGCAUUCGUAGCGCUAGGUUUGCCCCCAAUUGUUCUCUGGCACCAAUUAUAUACUAUUUUACCAAAUCGCACAUUUAUCGAUCAGAAUGUACAUCGGCUACAAAGCAAUGGCAAGUUAAUAACGCUCAAAAUUUCAUCAGGGUCAAGGGAUUUGGCAAUUUUACGCACAGAAGAUUACAUUGCUGAGGUGAAACAGUAUGAAAACGUAUUUUGCGAGCAAUUACGUCAGCAUCAGGCGAGUUUAGCUGUAUCUACGAAACUAGAUGCGAUGGCUGCGUAUGGACGGAUACUUCCGUUCAUUUCUUCGUAUACAACUGUGCCAUUAAAUGCGCUGAUUUCGAUAUUUGAAAAGAACUGGGGCAACUUAUGUGAGUCAGAAGCUCGAGCUAUGGUGAGGCUUAUUCAGCGGCUUGGAUUCUUGCUACCGACAACUCGAUUGGAUGACGAGGCCUAUUCCUUUUCGGUUCCUGGAAUUGGUAAACUUGUAUCAUCAAUCACGAAAACUCGAACAUCGAUAAUAAAUAUACUUAAGCGCACAAAGUACAAGGAAAUGCACGAACAGCAACUAAAGAAGAAAAAGUUGAAGCACUCGCACUUUCAACUCGAGUUUCAUCUCGCCGAUAUGGAAGGCUGUGGGUUGGUGAAGCGCACAGAAGUUACGUCUGGUAUACUUGUCGCUCUAGCUGAUAACUGUAGAUGA